AUAUGCUGUGCCCAGGACAAAAUGUGUGUGCGUUACUGCGGUUUUUAUUUAUUCAAAAGGGAAAUAUUUCCAAAAAUCUACUGUCUGUCACUGUCUAGCGACCGCUUUUCGCAGUUCUGCUCAUGUGCACUCAACGAGCACCGAAAGUUUUCUUCACGUGCGUUUAGAGGCAUUACUGCUUCCUUCCCAACUUUCGGACACACUGAAACAUCCGGAGUUGGCUAUUUGUGUGGGGAGCAGUCGAUAUACCCAGGAGCAAGCUCCGAAGCGAACAUGUACAACUAUGUACAGUAUGGAUUUUAGGAGCACGAUGUUCGGCAGGUUCAUGAACAACCGGGUCCCAUCUAGCAAGAGAUACCAGCCCACUGAGUACGAACAUGCGGCCAACUGUGCCACCCACGGAUUCUGGAUUAUUCCAAGCAUCAUGGGCAGUUCGGUGUUGUACUUUCUAUCUGAUGACCAGUGGGAGACCAUCUCUGCAUGGAUGUAUGGUACAGGUCUGUCUGGGCUCUUCAUCAUGUCCACCAUGUUCCAUACUGUGUCCUGGAAGAAAAGUCACCACAGGAAGGUGGAGCAGCGAUUCCACAUGUGUGAUAGGAUGGUGAUCUAUUUCUUCAUAGCUGCAUCUUAUGCGCCAUGGCUGAACCUGAGGGAGCUAGGACCCUGGGCGGUUCACAUGCGCUGGUUGGUGUGGAUAAUGGCCUGUGCUGGCUCAGCCUAUGUCUUCUUCUUUCAUGAAAAGAACAAAAUACUAGACUUACUGUGCUACACUGCCAUGGGAGCUGUGCCUGCAAUUGUUCUUCUGUCAAUGCCUAAAAGAGAGGGCAUAGUAGAGCUGUCAGUGGGCGGAGUCUUCUACUGCCUGGGAAUUGUCUUCUUCAAGAGCGAUGGCCUCAUCCCAUUCGCUCAUGCCAUCUGGCACGUGUUUGUGGCAGUGGGAGCUGGCAUACACUAUUACGCCAUCUGGAGGUACUUGUAUGCACCGGGCACCAGCCAAAUCCAAAUACCAGGACCUCUCAAGCUCCAUCAGUGCACAGCCAUUUUCAGAUCUCUCCAGAGAUGUUCAAUUGGGUUCAAGUCUGGGCUCUGGCUGGGCCACUCAAGGACAUUCACAGAGUUGUCCCGUAGCCACUCCUUUGUUAUCUUGGCUGUGUGCUUAGGGUCAUUGUCCUGUUGGAAGAUGAACCUUCACCCCAGUCUGAGGUCCAGAGCACUCUGGAGCAGGUUUUCAUCAAGGAUGUCUCUGUACAUUGCUGCAUUCAUCUUUCCCUCAAUCCUGACUAGUCUCCCAGUUCCUGCCGCUGAAAAACAUCCCCACAGCAUGAUGCUGCCACCACCAUGCUUCACUGUAGGGAUGGUAUUGGCCAGGUGAUGAGUGUUGCCUGGUUUCCUCCAGACAUGACACUUGCCAUUCAGGCCAAAGAGUUCAAUCUUUGUUUCUCAUGGUCUGAGAGUCCUUCAGGUGCCUUUUGGUAAACUCCAGGCGGGCUGUCAUGUGCCUUUUACUGAGGAGUGGCUUCCGUCUGGCCACUCUACCAUACAGGCCUGAUUGGUGGAGUGCUGCAGAGAUGGUUGUUCUUCUGGAAGGUUCUCCUCUCUCCAAAGAGAAACGCUGGAGCUCUGUCAGAGUGACCAUCGGGUUCUUGGUCACCUCCCUGACUAAGGCCCUUCUUCCCCGAUCGCUCAGUUUGGCCAGGCGGCCAGCUUUAGAAAGAGUCCUGGUGGUUCCAAACUUCUUCCAUUUAUGGAUGAUGGAGGCCACUGUGCUCAUUGGGACCUUCAAUGCUGCAGACAUUUUUCUGUACCCUUCCCCAGAUCUGUGCCUCGAUACAAUCCUGUCUCGGAGGUCUACAGACAAUUCCUUGGACUUCAUGGCUUGGUUUGUGCUCUGACAUGCACUGUUAACUGUGGGACCUUAUAUAGACAGGUGUGUGCCUUUCCAAAUCACGUCCAAUCAACUGAAUUUACCACAGGUGGACUCCAAUCAAGUUGUAGAAACAUCUCAAGGAUGAUCAGUGGAAACAGGAUGCACCUGAGCUCAAUUUUGAGUGUCAUGGCAAAGGCUGUGAAUACUUAUGUACAUGUGAUUUUUUUCGUUUUUUAUUUUUAAUAAAUUGGCAAAGAUUUCAAACAAACUUCUUUCACGUUGUCAUUAUGGGGUAUUGUUUGUAGAAUUUUGAGGAAAAUAAUGAAUUUAAUCCAUUUUGGAAUAAGGCUGUAACAUAACAAAAUGUGGAAAAAGUGAAGCGCUGUGAAUACUUUCCGGAUGCACUGUAUUUUCCACAUGUGAUUAAAUAUUCCACAAAGUUCAAUUCAACUCCCACAGAGCUACUUUAUUUUUUAAUUGGGAACCAGUCAUGCUUUACAUUUCACAAGAGCCCUUGCUGACUUUUGAAACUAUCUUGGAUGUACAACCUUUUUGUAAAACCCAGUAAGAUUGACAUUUUUUACUUUACAAACAGUGAAUUCUGAUUAAAUUCUUGUGCAGAGUAAAACAAAUCUUGCAACUAUAA